CGGGACCCCCAUCAGUCUCUCGCCGGGCGUUGUCAGUGUCUGAAGACCCUUUUCAGAUGAGUCUCUCUUCCUCCGUUUGUAGACAGAAAAGCCAAAAGUGAACUAGAGGCCAGAAAAAGACCCAGAAAGAGAGAGAGAAAGAAAGAGAGAGAGAGAGAGAGAGGUCCUCGGUAAAUGUCGGUGGAAAUGACGGCAGCCCCACCCGAGAGGCGUUGCUGAUCAGCAGAAGAAGAAGAAGAAGUAGAGGAAGAAAACGGACAGCAGCCAUCAGGGGAAACUCCGGGAGAUAACGACGGAGGUGGCGGGGCGUCGCAGGACGACCUAGCGUGGGCGGCGAAAGGAACACCAAGCUGCGUCUUAUUAUGCACCCGGCGUGGGCGUGGGGGAUCGGUCCUCAUCCCCCCCAAGCGACGACUUCUCCUCCUCCUCCUCCUCCUGCAGCCGCCCUUCUCAGGGCGGCGCCCACGACGACCAAGGAGAAGAAGAAGAAGAAGAAGAUCAAGACGACCUUCCUCCUCCCAUCCUAUCCCUACCCCCAGCAGUUGUCAUCGCCUCCCCUCGCUACUCCUCCUCCUCCUCCUCCUCCUCCUCCCCUCCUCCUACUCCUACCCCCGCCCCUCAUGAGAACCCACCACCUCAGGUCUGUUCAGAGAAACACAGGGGCAGUCCCUCUCAACACAUCCUCCCGCAGGUCACGCUCAUUCUACGCGAAACCCGUAGCAGACGCCACCUAACGCUCACCUACUGCUACGGUUUAAGGCCAGGGGCGCCGCCCACCCAUCCUACGACUCCCACUCCUGCUGCUGCUGCUGCAGGCUGCUGCGA